AUGAAACCAGAAACUUUAGUUCUGAAAAUAAUAGACGCUGUUGAAACAGAUUCCCCAACUGUAAUAACUUUUCACGGUAAAAAAAUCAGUAUAACUAAAAAACUUAUUGAUAAAUACAAAUAUUGUAAAGUCAGAGACGAUAUAGACUUAGAAAGAAUUGAUACAAAUGUAAAAAAAAGGUGGAUUUAUAUUUUCCCUACCUUAAAUAUAUUUGCUGGUAUUACCGCGGCGGCUACAGUGGCUGGUGCUACAGCUGGUGGAGUAAGCGUUGCCAACGAUAAGAAAGCAGCUGCACUAACAGCAGCCGAAGAACAUAGACAGAAUUUAGCAUUGGAAAAGUUGGCAGAGGGUAAAAAUCCUAUAACGGAAAAGAAAUGUUCAGGAGUGGGAGAUAUGAUAGGCACAAUGAAAGAAUUUGGAAAAAGAUUUAGUGAAGAAACCAAGAAAACUGUUAAAAAAGGAUUAAAUAAAUUAGUAGAUAGUAUUGACACGGGAGAAAUCGAAGUCAAACAUAAGGAUUUCGAUUCUUUGUAUAUCUACACAACAACACCAGAGCAAUCGUAUUAUCAAUUCCUCAAAGCUUUAGAAUAUCUACCAAAGAAAGAUGUUCAAGACCUAUUUCAAUAUUACGAAGAAAACGAAGAAGAAGUGGAAAUAAAAGAUAUCAUAGAUAACUACAUCGAAGGAAAGAAUCCAACGGAUAUAAAAGUUUUACUUACGAAAAAUGUUAAUGAUCUAGUCUUGUCUAAUAUUGAUAGCAAACGAAAGAACUUAAUAUUGUUUGACGACUGCGAAAUCAAAUGA